GGAGAGGUGAGAUCGAGCGCGAGUCCGCCGGGGGCGCUGGGGGAAUCUGCAGCGGGGCAGCGCGCGGCCUCAGGCGCGGCGCGGAGCAGAGCCGCAGGGCGGCAGCGGGAGCGCGGGGCUCCCGGGCUCUUCGGCGCCGAGCGCUGGGCAAGUUCGCGCCGGCAGCAUGGGGCGGUGACGCCGCACCGGCCUGCCGCGCCCGCCGCAGGGACAGCGGGCGGCAGCGAAGCAGGAUGCGCCCUCGCCGACGGCUCGCCAGCCGGGGCCCGUGCGUAGGCACCUUGCAGAACAAGAAGCAGCUUGCUGGCUUUGAACGUGUGGCAAAUAUUUCAGAAAGCUUCAAGAUCAAGUUGGAGGAAAGAACAGUUUUUCUUCCAAAUUCAUCUACUUCAACUACUAUUCUUACUGGGAAUGGACAAUGGAAUGCUGUCUAGAUUUAUCAUGACCCAAACCCUCCUUGUCUUCUGUAUUUCCAUGACCUUAUCCAGUCACUUUGGCUUUUCACAAAUGCCAACUAGUUCUGUACAAGACCAGACCAAUGACAACAUCACAAUAUUCACCAGGAUUUUGGAUGGGCUCUUGGAUGGCUAUGACAACAGACUGCGGCCUGGGCUGGGAGAGCGAAUCACGCAGGUGCGAACAGACAUCUACGUUACCAGCUUUGGCCCAGUAUCCGACACAGAAAUGGAAUACACCAUAGAUGUGUUUUUCCGACAAAGCUGGAAAGAUGAAAGGCUGCGGUUUAAGGGGCCUAUGCAACGCCUCCCUCUCAACAAUCUUCUUGCCAGCAAAAUCUGGACCCCAGACACAUUCUUCCACAAUGGGAAGAAGUCCAUUGCACACAAUAUGACGACACCCAACAAGCUGCUGAGGCUGGAAGAUGAUGGCACGCUUCUCUAUACCAUGCGCCUGACAAUAUCUGCUGAGUGCCCAAUGCAGCUUGAGGACUUCCCGAUGGAUGCCCACGCUUGUCCCCUGAAAUUUGGCAGUUAUGCUUACCCUAAUUCUGAAGUUGUCUAUGUUUGGACCAAUGGCUCCACCAAGUCUGUGGUGGUGGCAGAAGAUGGCUCCAGACUCAACCAGUAUCACCUUAUGGGGCAGACAGUAGGCACUGAGAACAUCAGCACCAGCACAGGUGAAUAUACAAUCAUGACUGCUCAUUUCCACCUGAAGAGGAAGAUCGGGUACUUUGUCAUCCAGACCUACCUUCCUUGCAUCAUGACUGUCAUCUUAUCCCAGGUGUCCUUUUGGCUAAAUCGAGAAUCUGUCCCAGCUAGGACAGUUUUUGGAGUGACGACAGUGUUGACCAUGACAACACUCAGCAUCAGUGCCCGGAAUUCGCUGCCCAAAGUGGCUUAUGCCACAGCUAUGGACUGGUUCAUUGCUGUCUGCUAUGCAUUUGUCUUCUCGGCUCUGAUUGAAUUUGCCACAGUCAACUACUUUACAAAGAGAGGAUGGGCCUGGGAUGGCAAGAAGGCCCUGGAAGCAGCUAAAAUUAAGAAAAAAGAACGUGAACUCAUACUAAACAAGUCAACAAAUGCUUUUACAACUGGGAAGUUGACCCAUCCUCCAAACAUCCCAAAGGAGCAGCCUCCAGCUGGGACCGGGAAUGCACCCACAGUCUCUAUCAAAGCUUCUGAAGAGAAGACCUCGGAGAGUAAAAAGACAUACAAUAGCAUCAGCAAGAUCGACAAAAUGUCCCGGAUUGUGUUCCCCAUCUUGUUUGGCACUUUCAACUUAGUUUACUGGGCAACAUAUUUGAAUAGAGAGCCUGUGAUAAAAGGGGCAGCCUCUCCAAAGUAAACCAGGAAACCAUACUCCCACUGAAAUAAAACUGAGGAGAGGCCAAGCUCAUAGAGACUAUUUGGGCGCUGUCUUUCAGGAAAUUUUGCAUGUUUAAUAAUAUGUACAAAUAAUAUUGCCUUGAUGUUUCUACGUGUAACUUCAAAUGUUUCAAGGAUGUCCCCUUAACAAACCAAGCAAAUGGCCUUCUAGAACAACGGGAGGCAAUGACUGACUCUCAGAUGCUCAGCAUCCUAACACCAAUAGUUUACAAACGAGAUAAGUAUAUUUUUAACUGUUCUGAGUAUAUGAUGUUUUUAUACUUCGAAUGCCAUUUCAUACUGUUUUUCCCAGCCAACAGAACAUUUUAGGGAAUCCCUGUGAUGACCACUUGACAGGUGAAAAAGCAAAGAUCCUGGGGUACACACUGUCCAUGAAGAGCAAACUGUGGACAUUUAAGACCAGUACAAAUUGCCUUUAACAACUCUUCUUGUUCUGAAAUUAGAAAAAUACUGCAUGAACUGACAUUAAGAAAUAGAAUAAGCAAACAUUUAUGCAGACAAAUUUAAUAACAAGCACAUAGUGUCUUUAGAUUAGCAGAUUAAAUACUUCCCCAAGGAAAAGAAAUCAACUAAUUAAAAGUUAAUUUUGGUUUUUGUAGAAAAUAAAUUAUUUCUCACCCCAUCUCAACACUUCUACAACCUAAAUAAUGACUGAGGAAAAAAAAUCUUAAAACCUUAAAGCAACAAGGCCUUGGUCUUUGGAGGCAGUACUCAGUGACCAUUGUUUCUGGAUCCUGGCUCCUCUUGCUGCCGCUUCUGAGCUGAGAAAUUUUAAUUAAGUUAUUUUCUGUUUUAUUUCCCUGUACAUAUUUCAUGAUUGGAUUAUUGCUCUGUUAGCUUUUGUAUAUGAAUCUUAAAUGUUCAUUAAAAAAUGUAAAAAUGAGCU